AACUAUAUGUUUUGGAGUCUGGCAAUGUGAGAGAUUGAGAGAGAUAGGAGGAUUUGGUUGUUGUCGACAAUCGUUGAACUUCCAUCGAAUUCGGUAAUGUGAGUGGGAGGGAGGUUAAAGAAUUUGGGUUCCUUCGAUGACCGUUGAACUUCCACCGGAAUUGGGUUGUAUGAGAGGAAGGGGGGUUUUAGGAGUUAGGUACCGUCGACAACCCGUUGAACCUUUAUUGGACUUCGGCAGUGUGAGAUGGAGAGAUAGAUUGUGGAGGUUAUGGAUUUCGACAGAUUGAUUUAGGAUAUAUGUUUUUAUUCUAAAUUUGUGAUGGUUUUGGAUUUUUUUUUUUCUUUAAUUAUGAAUUUUGCUGUGGUGGACUGGAUUCAAUUGAAGUUUUUGAAAUGUGGUAGUGGCGAUGGAAUGGCUAUGUUUUUCUCUGUGUGUUUACGGUGGCCGGAAUGGCGGUUGUUACGGUAGAUUUGUAGUGACUGAAUAAAAACAUGAAAUUACCUUGUUACCCCUGAACGUUAGUUCAAAUUGAACGGAGUUAGGUAAAAUGAUGGUUUGUGUAUAUUUUCUAAAUAGUACAGGGGUGGUGGUGGUAAAAACCCUAGACCUGGAACGAGACGAAGUUUCAUAAAACUCAGGGGUUGAUGAAGCUAUUUGAUUCAGCAACUUUAAACUACACCGUUCCACUUCUCAAAAACGCACUAAGAUCUCACUCCAGUAAACUGGUUUACCAAUCUGUCGGAACAAGCAGCUAAGCUAUCACGAUGCCCAUUAAAUGGGUUUUGCAUUGGCAACCACAUGCAGGCACGAGCGUCAACAGUCAAAUCUUAAACGAAGUCUCGCAGUGUGUUGAGAGCAUCAACGGCGUUAAAGAAGGACGCUGGAAAGCUACCCUCACAUUCUACAAACCCAUGUUACGAGACCAGUCUCUAGCGGGGGAAUUCCCGCGAGAUUUUCUAGGGAUUUCAGUUCCAGAACAGCCAAACAAGUAUUAUUUCGUAAUACGGGCUCAGCGGAUCGUUAUGGAAGCUGAUUCCUCCAUUCAGAAUAUAAUGGAGAAGUUACAGUCUUACAAAAUGAGAGUAGCCCUAAAUUUUGAGGGUUUUCAAUAUCAACUGGGUGACUUCCAAUUAAGAGUGGGAAAAGUUGUGCCUACUCAUUCUGAAAAUUUGAGAGGAAUAGUUAUGGAGGUGGAGUACCUUCCCAUUUCUUCAAUUGAAAAAUCGAGGCAAAUUAUGGAAGAGUUUCUAGAGAUAUGGAAAGAAGCAUUGUCAAAAAGAUCAUUGCCGGGUCAGUUUAUGCAUAUGGAACCUAAUUUUACUGAGUAUGGCCUCCCGGAACCCUAUACAUCACAGCACACAGCAGUUCAGUAUGCUACUGUUAUGGCUCAACUAAUUGCAUCUGUUCAAAGUGGGCAGGCAGUGAGAAAUUAGGAAGAAACCAUUGAUCAUUUUUACGUAUGUUGUGUGACUGGCUUUUUUUUUUCUUCAGUAUUGACAAAUCAGGUAUCUGAGCCCUCAUGCUUUGUUCAAA